CAGAAAGAGGUGAGAGAUUGAGAAGAGUGUAGGAAGCAGAGGCAGAGAAGAGAGAAGAGAGAAGAGAGAAGAGAGAAGAGAGCAGCAUCGGAAUUGGAUCUGAAAAAUGGGUGGAGGAAUGGAAGCAAACAAGAACAAGUUCAUAGAGGAUUGGGGCACUGCCAGAGAGAAUCUCGAAUUCAAUUUCCGUUGGACUCGCCGCAACCUCGCUCUUGUCGGCAUCUUCGGCGUCGCCAUUCCCCUAAUCGUCUACAAAGGCAUCGUUCGAGAAUUCCAUAUGCAAGAUGAAGAUAAUGGUAGACCGUACAGGAAGUUCCUGUGAGAAUAUGGAGGGUGCUUUGUAAUAAGGGGUUAUAUAAGUUAGACCUUGAUAUGAUAUGAGGCUACAAAUGUGUAUUUUCCUUAAUUCGCAAGGGAUUGUUUGCUUUAAAGUACUGUAGACCUUUCAAACUAAUCCAUGUUUGGCUGUUUUCAUUGACAUUUGUGUUA